AUGGCCUCGUGGUAUCGGCGAUUCAUUGCGAAUUUUUCCGAAAUAGCUGUACCGCUUACACGCCUAACUAAGAAAAACGCACGCUGGACAUGGGGAACCGAACAGGCAGAGGCGUUCGGCACGUUAAAAACAAAACUGGUCUCCGCUCCAGUCCUGGCCUGCCCAGACUUUACGAAGCGUUUUUUCUUGCAGACAGACGCAAGCACUUCCGGUCUCGGUGCAGUCCUCACGCAACAACACGAGGACGGAGAAAGAGUUAUUGCAUAUGCGAGUCGAACUUUAAACGCGGUAGAACGAAAUUACUCCGCGACCGAACUCGAAUGUCUAGCGAUCGUCUGGGGAAUCCGGCGGAUGAAAAGUUAUCUGGAAGGCUAUGCCUUCACCGUCAUAACCGAUCACCAGAUACCGUCGAGGGGUUCAAAACCGCGUGGCAGAUGCGCUGUCACGAUACCCGGAAGUCUGCGCUAUCGAACGGAAGAAGUGCCGCUGGUACGACCGAGUGCAGGAAGAAGUAAAACAGGAUCCAGCCUCCAGACCGGAAUACAGAAUCAAGGAAGGAAAGUUAUACCUGCACAUCCUACAUACACUAAAUUUCAAGGAGAUAAGUUAAUAAUCACGGACACGCCUAACAAACCGUUCGAGAAAUGCGCCUUAGAUAUUGUCGAACCACUAAUCAUUACCACCAAUGGAAAUAAAUACUUGUUGACUUUCCAGGAUAAUCUAACAAAAUUCAGUAAAGCAAUACCGAUACGGAAUCAGGAAACAAAUACCGUUAGCAAGGAAUUUGUUACAAAAAUAAUUCUUGAGCACGGAAUACCGGAAAAAAUCCUGACGGAUCAAGGAAUGAAUUUCAUGAGCAAAAUCUUUAAAAAUACCUAUUUAGUACUGACAAAAGCAACUAUCACGCCAAAGGAUUAUAUCACUUUAAACAUCCUCCAAGAAGAAAGUGUUUCCAUAUGUCCUGAUUUAAAUUUGACGCAGGUAACCCGUCGUAAUGAUCUGUAUGUUGAUGCAACACCCUGUACAAUCUUAAAAUCUCUAGAAAGCGGUUUGAACAAGCCAACAUCUCUCAGAGCAUUUGUACAAUUCGACAGUCAAUUCACUCAAAAAGUAAACAACAUUUUUGUGACAUUGAGAUUGAACGAACCUAACUUUACUGAUGAAAUAAUACAAGAGUACCAAAUGCAAUGUUCUUUCUUCGAGGACUUUAAAGAAACCUGCGACGAUAAAAAUAUCACAACUACAAAAAUGGAGCACACGGUGCACAAUCUAACAUCUAACACGACAUAUUAUUUUCGAGUACGUGCGCAUACUAAAAUUGUUGCUGAUCCUUACACGGAUUUAAUCAAUGUGUCGACUACACAUGAAAAUCCAAUACCUAAAUUAUUAUUCACAACGAAUCGAGGUAUUGAAAUAUUGGACGUGGAUUUAAACGUUACUAAUUUCAUAACAUCAGAAAAAGUAGAAUAUGCCGCUUAUUCGAUACAAGAGAAUAGAAUUUAUUGGAUUGACAAAAAAAAUCUAAUGACAUUGAAGAUUAAUGAAAAUAAUGUCACAAAAAUAGCUAGCUUUGAUAAUGAUCUAUCUAAUCUCUGCAUUAACUGGGUAACAAGAAAUCUAUAUUUCGAGAUCAAAGAUACAUGGUCCUCUUAUGUUGUAAAAUUCGAUUUAACAAUGUGGGAAAGUGGCAUAAUUAAAUUUGAUGAGCUUUUGGAAACAAAAAUUAAUGACUUUACUUUACGUAUAUCACCGUCUAUGGGAUACGCUUUUGAUAAAUCUUUACAACCAUAUCCUCCAAUGAGAUGCCUGACACCUGACGAAAAAGUUUACAAUUUUGAGAAUGUGAAUGCAACGGCAAAUAGCAUCUUUGUGAAUCUUCCGGAGCCGGUUGUAAAGAGUGGAUGCAAAAAGUAUAAUUUACCAACUACUAUAUAUACUAUCUCUGUAAGCUGUCCAUACAACAAUCUCAACAAGUCUGAGAAAUUCAAUGUGCUGCGAUAUGUGACAUACGAGCGAUAUUACGAGAUUCAGAACUUAACACCAUUUACGGAGUACAAGUUGAAGUUUACUUUAAGCAAUUUUUACUUUGAUCAAUUAUCAAUAAAUCCAUUCGAUUCGAAUGUGAUAUCAAUAAAAACUAAUUUGGGCAGGCCUAAGCCAGAAAACAUAAGUGUUUUGGCUUUGACGCCUACUAUAGCAGUAGUUCAUUGGAUGCCAUCCAUGAAAUUGAACUGCGCGGCCGUGACCUACGAAGUGCAUUGGAAGUCAGUUGCAUUAGUGAAUGGCACGCAACAAGAAGGCAAACAAUUUAUCAAUGUGCCGAAACGUAUGGUAGACGGCAGAUUUUUCACAAAGAUUAACUUGUCGCUAUCAGUACAAGAUUACUUGAUAUACGUGCGUGUGUAUCCAAUUAAUUUCAGCGAUUUCUACAACGAGAGUUUAAGCAAGAUCGUUCACAUAUACUCAGAACCAAACAAUAUUACUUUAAGCGGGGUCAACAUAAAUAGCAUGAACAUUUCAUGGAUCUCAAACAUUAAUCUGAUGAUCUUUUUUACACUAGAGUACAAAGAUGUUGCAGCAGAAAAGUGGCAAACAAUGUAUUAUAUUAAAAUGAAUUAUAACAAUGAAGUAAUGUACUAUAUCGAAAAUUUACAAUCGGGAACUUUAUACAAGUUUCGCUUGAUAUUGAGAUACCUCGAAUAUGAGGAAACUUUUAUAUGGCCGGCUGAUGAAAGAUUUAUUUUUUCAACACAUGGUAGCAAACGUGGUAAGCAAAUGAAAAUACCCAUACAACACAAUAAGAUUACGGAUAUAUUGAAAAAUAAUUUCAUUGCAAUAUUACAAAUCGAAUGCGAAAUUCUGCUGAGUUAUUGUUAUAAGAUUGCGAUAAAGUUAAGCUUUUUGUCUUCAACAAUGACCGAUGUAGAAUUGGCGAUUCUACAUGAAGUAUCUUGCCGAAACACUCAAUUCAAUAUGAUUUACAGUCCUAUGUUACAUUAUAAUCCGGAUGAAUGUGCGAUAACUAAAAUCGCACGAAAUCAAAUUACACUCACAAAACAUCUUGGUAGCGGCGCAUUCGGAAUGGUGUAUCAAGGAAAGGUAAAGGAUUUAGAAAAAUCGGGCACAGAGAUAUCCGUUGCAAUAAAAACGCUUCGAAAAGAUGCUUCUUCCUAUGAAAAAGAGAAAUUAUUAAAAGAAGCCAAGCUUAUGAAUCAUUUUCGACACAAACAUAUAUUAAGAUUGUUGGCCGUUUGUUUAGAUGGAGAUUCUUCGUUACUAGUAUUGGAAUUGAUGGAAACUGGUGAUCUGUUAAAUUUGAGAGAUUGUCGAAAUUUGCAAGCAUCAGAUUCGCCUGUUCUGCAUUUGCAGGAUUUGCUCGCCAUGUGCGAAGAUGUUGCGCGAGGUUGUUGCUACUUGGAAGAGUUGCGUUUCGUACAUAGAGAUCUAGCGUGUCGCAAUUGUUUAGUAUCUUCAAGAAAUCGCGAGGAUCGUAUCAUCAAAAUUGGAGAUUUUGGAUUGUCCAGAGAUAUCUACAAGGAUGAUUAUUAUCGCGUGAAAGGAGAAGGUUUGCUUCCUAUUCGCUGGUUGGCACCCGAAUCUUUGAUAAUGGGAAUAUUUACUUCUCAAAGCGAUGUUUGGUCAUUUGGAAUAUUAAUGUGGGAAAUUACAUCGUUGGGUGAGCAACCUUAUAGUGCCAAGGCUAAUGAAGAAGUGAUAAAUUAUGUACGUGCUGGAGGCAAGUUACCGAUAACUCUUAACUGUCCAUCAACGUUGUACCAGUUGAUGCUGCGUUGCUGGAAUACAGCAGAUGCCAGACCAAAUUUUAAUCUUUGUCUGAAAAAUAUUAUAGCUUUAAGAAAGGACACGGAAGAUGCCUUACUGAGUCCAGUCGAUACUAUUUAGCCGAUAUAAUUAAAUUAAUGUUUAUCUUAUUUUCCAAACGAUUCAAUAAAUCUUAAUGUAGA